GCCGGCCCGGCCGCAUUUGGCGCCAUGGCCGCCAUGGACCCGGAGCGGCUGCGGCGCCGCCUCAGCUCCGCGUUCCGGCUGCGGGGGCUCUUCCUGCGCCCGGAUGCCCUGAAGUAUCUCACUGAAGCUUUCCAGUCCACCAGUGAGGGAGAACUUGACGAUAUAAUUGAAAAUGUCAUUGAUGCAGUUGAAAAACAGACUUUGUCAUCCAAUAUGAUUGAGCAGCCCCUGGUGGAAGCAGCUGUCCAGGAAUGCAGCCGGGCCCCGGAUGAGGAGAUAGAAAAUGUUUUCAACAUUAUUGGAGCCUUUGACAUUCCACGUUUUAUUUAUAAUUCAGAAAGAAAGAAGUUUCUGCCCCUGUCCAUGACUGACCUGCCUGGGCCGAGUUUAUUUGGGACUGCCAGAGACAAGGCAGAGCUGUACCGGGAGCGCUACUCCAUCCUCCAGCAGAGGACUCACAGACAUGAGCUGUUCACUCCUUCACCAGUUGUUGCUCAUCCUGAUGAUAGCAAGAGCAAAUUCCAGCUGAAGACUGUAGAAACUCUCUUGGGCAAUACAGCUAAAGUGGGAGAAGUGAUUGUGCUUGGGAUGAUCACUCAGCUCAAGGAGGGGAAAUUUUUCCUAGAAGACCCCACAGGAGUGGUCCAGCUUGACCUUAGUAAAGCACAGUUCCACAGUGGGUUGUACACUGAAUCCUGCUUUGUCCUAGCAGAAGGUUGGUAUGAAGAUGAAGUUUUCCAUGUGAAUGCUUUUGGAUUUCCGCCCACUGAGCCUUCUGCUACCACGAGAGCCUUCUAUGGGAAUAUAAACUUUUUUGGAGGGCCUUCCUCAUCUUCAGUAAAGGCUUCUGCAAAGCUGAAGCAGCUGGAGGAAGAGAAUGAAGAUGCCAUGUUUGUGUUUGUGUCUGAUGUGUGGCUGGACCAAGCAGAAGUGCUGGAAAAGCUUCACAUGAUGUUUUCAGGUUAUUCCUCUGCACCUCCCACCUGCUUUUUCUUCUGUGGAAAUUUCUCAUCGGCGCCAUAUGGCAAAAAUCAAAUCCAGUCCCUGAAAGGUUCUUUGAAGGCUCUGGCAGAUAUUAUAUGUGAAUACCCCAGCAUCCAUAAAAGUAGUCGAUUUGUGUUUGUCCCUGGUCCUGCAGAUCCUGGGCCUGGUUCUAUUUUACCAAGACCCCCUCUGGCUGAAAAUAUCACUCAGGAAUUCAGACAGCUGGUGCCAUUUUCAGUUUUCACCACAAAUCCCUGCAGGGUUCAAUACUGCACCCAAGAAAUCAUUAUUUUUCGGGAGGAUUUGAUUAACAAAAUGUGCAGGAACUGUGUCCGCUUCCCAAGCAGCAACAUGGACAUUCCCAACCACUUUGUGAAGACCAUUUUAUCCCAGGGCCACCUGACCCCGCUGCCUCUGUACGUCAGCCCCGUGUUCUGGGCCUAUGAUUAUUCCCUGAGGAUUUAUCCCCUGCCAGACCUGCUCAUCACUGCUGACAAACACGACCCCUUCUCUGUCACCAGCUCUGACUGCCUGUGCAUCAACCCUGUAAGAGCCCUGGCCACCCAAAGCCUCCCUCCUCACCACUGCAUCACUUCAGAUUUUUUCUUCUGCCUUUACUCACACUCAGGAUUGCAGCACCAAAAAUGCCUUUGUUUUUUUUUUUUUUUUUUUUUUUUUUUUUUUUUUUGGUGUGUGUGUUCGGACUGUGGUUGUUUAUUCAUUCUUGUCUGUGUAUCAGAGGCCUCUCUGGAUUUUUCAGGAUGAAAUCAGAAAGAUUGAAUUGAAAGCUUUAGAUAGAUUAUAAAAUAUAAAAUAUAUUAAGUCACUCAUACGUGAAGCGUAUGCGAAGUAGAGGUGUAAGUUUAAAUUUUAGAUAAGUAAAUCAGUAAAAAUAUUUUUUGAGUACUUUAAAAAGUCUUAAAUACCAAUGUAAAAGAACAGGUUCUAAUAAAAGUUAAAAACCAUAAGCCUAAAUACUAAUGUUAAAAACAAAUUUCUGUGUAAGCUCCAAGAACAUAGUUUUAAACAUAACAAAACUACAAUAAAAAUAAUGCUUACAUUUUUAAAAUAGAACAAAAUAGAACAUACACAUAAUUUAUUCAUAAACUGGUGUGCUAAAAACAUAAAGUUCUAGAAAGUUAAAAAAAAGGUUCAUGUUUUAGCUUAAGUAAUAUAAAAUCUAUAUCUUGAAAAGAAACACUCUUGCUCUAUCUUCUCUCCACCAUCAUCAUCAUCCAAAAAAAAAAAAAAGCUACAGCAAGCCUUGACAAAAACAAAUUCUAAUUAAAACUUUACUCCUAGUUAAAACUCUAUACCAAAAACUUUUAACAUAAACUUUGACACUUAUAACUCUUUACCUUUACAAACCUAAUGUACCUUUAGA